AUGCCUAACUAUGUGAAGUUCAUGAAAGACAUCCUUACAAAGAAGAGAAGAUUGGGGAAAUUUGAGACAGUGGCUCUUACCAGAGAGUGUAGCUCAUUCUUGCAAAACAAGUUGACACUGAAGAUGAAAGAUCCUGUGAGUUUCACCAUUCCAUGCACCAUUGGUAAUUCUUAUUGUGGCAUGGCUUUAUGCAAUUUGGGUGCAAGCAUUAACUGGAUGUCAAUGUCUAUUUUCAAUCAAUUGGGGAUUGGAGAAGUUAGGCCUACUACAAUUACUCUUCAACUAGCAGAUAAAUCUCUUGCUCAUCCAAAUGGGAAGAUCGAAGAUGUAUUGGUAAGGGUAGAAAAAUUCAUAUUCCCUGCUGAUUUUAUUAUGUUAGACUAUGAGGCAGACAGAGAGGUGCCCAUUAUCUUGGGGAGGCCAUUUCUUGCAAUAGGAAGAACUUUAAUAGAUGUGCAGAAGGGGGAGCUGACUAUGAGGGCCCAAGAUGAAAAAGUGACUUUUAAUGUUUUUAAAGCUAUGAGAUUUCUUGAUGAGGUCGAUGAAUGCUCAGUGGUUUCAGUGGUAGAUUCUUUGGCAUCAAGGGAGUUUGAGACUAGUAAUGUUGGCGAUCCAUUAGAGAGGUUAUUGUUGUUUGAUUCACACAAUGAGGAAGAUGAGGAGGAGUACUUAGCUUGGUUGGAGGCUAAUUCUCAAGGGUUAAGAACAAGAAACCGAUUUGAUUCAUUGGAAUUGUCGUCUAGGGAGUUCAAAGCUCCUAAACCAUCCAUUGAAGAGCCACCUGAGUUAGAGUUGAAAGUCUUGCCAUCGCAUUUGUGA